AACUGAUCUAGGGUUUUAGCGGUUGUCGCCCAUUCGUCUCACUCUCUAGGUAAAUAGCAGAGGACCAGCAUCGCCGGUGGCGGCGACACCUAGGGCCACUACUUUCUCUCGGAAAACAACAUGGCACGUGGGUUGAAAAAACAUUUGAAGAGGCUGAAUGCCCCAAAGCAUUGGAUGCUUGACAAACUUGGUGGAGCAUUUGCCCCCAAGCCAUCAUCUGGACCUCAUAAAUCCAGGGAAUGCUUGCCUUUGAUCCUUAUCCUGCGGAACAGACGAAAGUAUGCUCUCACAUAUCGUGAGGUCGUUGCCAUUUUGAUGCAACGGCAUGUUCUGGUUGAUUCCAAGGUUAGGACAGAUAAGACCUACCCCGCAGGCUUCAUGGAUGUUGUAUCAAUUCCAAAAGCAAAUGAUAAUUUCCGUCUUCUUUAUGAUACAAAGGGUCGAUUUCGCCUCCACUCAAUAAGGGAUGAAGAGGCUAAGUUUAAGCUCUGCAAGGUACGCUCUGUGCAGUUUGGACAGAAAGGAAUUCCAUACAUCAACACUUAUGAUGGACGAACCAUCCGCUACCCAGAUCCUCUCAUUAAAGCCAACGAUACCAUCAAAUUGGACUUGGAGACCAACAAGAUUACUGAUUUCAUUAAAUUUGAUGUUGGGAAUAUUGUCAUGGUGACAGGCGGAAGGAACAGGGGACGAGUUGGGGUCAUCAAGAACAGGGAGAAACAUAAGGGGAGCUUUGAGACCAUCCACGUCCAGGAUGCCACUGGUCAUGAGUUUGCUACCCGUUUGGGAAAUGUUUUCACGAUUGGCAAAGGCACGAGGCCAUGGAUCUCUCUGCCCAAGGGAAAAGGCAUCAAGUUGACUAUUAUUGAGGAGGCACGGAAGAGACUUGCAGCCCAAGCAGCUACAACUGCUUGAUUGUUAUGUGGCAUGUGUCCAUCUUUCUGUUAUAGUUUGAUGUGAGUUACUAUGAUGGGAUCAGUUUUUACAUUUUGACCCUUCUGUUUGUUUGCUUUUGCUCAAAGGUUCAUGUUUUGAUUUUGGCUUAUGGUACUGUUCUCUUUUUCCGUCCCAUCACUGACUAUUCAAGUACUUGCAUUACUUUAUUCAAGUACUUGCAUUACUAGGUUAAAGAUAAUGCAUUCAUUGUUGGAUUGAGACAAUUUUCGAAUUUAGAAACUUUUGUUCUAUUUGGUGAUGUUAAA